AUGGGCUCCUGCGUAGCGAAGUGGCGCUGGUGGGUGGUAGUGGUGGCAUGGGCGUGGGGCGCCACAGCUCGCACGCUAUGCCCUGCGCGCUGCGCCUGCGACGACGCGCUGCGCGCCGCCUCCUGCGCCAACGCCAGCCUAGAGAUUGUACCCAUACAACUGAACCCAGAAGCCACACACAUCAACCUAACACACAAUGCUAUCGACAACCUUCUCUACACUUUUGGCUUCUACACGCAGCUUACUGUCCUCGACAUUUCCUACAACAGAAUUGUAGACUUAGGUAGUAGAAACUUCGAAAACAACAUGGAAAUGACUCAUCUUAAUUUGAGCCAUAAUUUUCUAAAACGCUUAGAUAAGGACACAUUUAUUGGACUGAAAAGUCUUGUCGACUUAAACCUAGCAAACAAUGAAAUAACAAACAUUCAUGUGCAGACAUUUAAAGACUUAACUGCACUAGAGAGGUUAGAUUUGUCUAACAAUAAACUAGUGAAGUUUGAGCCGGAUACUUUCAAGCCUUUGAUGUCACUGAAGAUUAUAUCACUCAAAAACAAUUCUAUAUUAGACAUUCCGUCUAAUAAUCUUGCAUUCAUAUUGCAUCUAGAAGUUCUAGACUUAUCAGAGAACUUGAUAGAACAAGUACCAAAGCAUGGUAUACCAUAUUUGCAGGAAUUGAAACAUUUAGACAUGAACAACAAUUUAAUUGAAAGUGUGGAUCAGUUAGGAUUCCAUAACUUACCGUCGCUGCGGCACCUGGAUCUGAGUGAUAACAACAUGACAUCAAUCCCGACAUCGGCCCUGUCUAAACUAUCAAACUUGUCCCAUUUGUACCUAAGUGGAAACUUUUUUCAAAAUGUUACGGCGCUAUCGUUCCAAAGUCUCUUCCAUUUAAAACAUUUACACUUGAGUAGACUUUAUGAAUUGGAGAGAAUUGACUCAAGAGCUUUUGUGGACAAUAUAAACUUGCAAAAAAUAUGGAUGAACGAGAAUGUCAAAGUUGGUGAGGUCCCGCCCAGAUUAUUUCAUGGCAACCCGAAGCUGACUCACAUUUAUAUGAAAAAUAACGCAUUGGUGGCUCUUGAAGCGUCACAUUUCCCAAUAGACAGACUGCAAGAACUUGAAAUUGCUGGGAAUCCCUUCGCAUGCAAUUGUUCUUUGCUGUGGUUGUGGAAACUUGGACGAGAGAGUGAAAUCAGUAGCAGGAAGUCUGGGAACUCAAGUUCCAUUCUUAAAAUAGACUAUGAGGAUGUGAAGUGUGCUGCUCCAGCACAUUUAAAGGGUGUCCUCUUUGUACAGAUUCCGGAGUCGGAAUUUGGGUGCUCGAGUGGAUGGGUGAUAGUAGCGGUAGUAGUGCUUACUGUGAGUAUCGUUAUAAGCGUGGUUGGUGGUGUUUUGUACUUCAUGGGACCCUUGAAGAAGUGUAAAGGGGAUAAGUCAAAACAAGUCAUGACGAGUGUCAUGAUGAAUGGUGAUGUGUCAAAAUUAGGCAAUGGAUUAGGUUACUCAACGAGAAGUAGGGAGCAGGACGCCAAAAGAGACGUUGACCGAUAUCUAAUGAUUGGGUCCUCAGUGAGUAAUAACUUUCAUUCGCUGAAUCCUCCGUGGCAUAGUGUGGACAAGAAUCCUUACUACCAGGAGGACAGUGAGGAGCACAUCUACCAGCAGUUUGCCUAUGAGACGAUUCCUCAUCACAGAACGCCCGAGAAACCACACAUAGUGUACGUCUAA